AUGAGUAUGUUUUUUUUUGUAAAUAAAAUUUUUGCAACAAUUGGAGGAAUAAUUAUAAUUUAUUAUGAACUAUCAGAAAUUUAUGAACGGCUCACAAUUCACAGAAAUAAGACAAUACCAUAUAAUAGACAAAUCAAUUUUUCAUAUUUUGCUUUACUAAGUUUUUCUUACAUGUUUUUCAAUAUACUGAGUUCCACCAAAAAUUAUGUAGCAAACUCCUUAAGAGGUUUUAUGGGAUGCUUUUUAAUUACAUACUCUCUAUUAUAUUUUUCAAAACAACUUAUGAUGUGUUUAAAUUUUUUUAAAAUGGGAUCACCAAACCUAAGAGAAGCCAUUUAUUUAUGUGUUUUUCUUUUUCUUUAUGUGUGUUCAUUAUUUAUUGAAACCUAUCAUUCCUUAAAAGCAAAGCAUAUAACCGAGGGAAACGAAACAGGAACUGUUAAAAUUGAAGUUUAA